GUUGUCUACGCUGUCGUUAUAUUUGGUGUCUGGAAUAUUCCUGGUGCUAGGACCCUCAUCAAUCCACUCAAGCUUUUCACCAUUGGCUGGCACGAGCUUUGUCAUAUAGUGGCGGCUAUAUUGACUGGAGGGAGCAUACUAACUGUCACCAUCGACCCAUAUCUAGGCGGAGCGACCAUCGUAGAAGGCGGCCACCCACCUACUAUAUUGGCUGCAGGUUACAUCGGCUCUACACUCUUUGGUGGUGUAUUCAUUUUGGGCGGCUUCGACACUUUGGUUGCGAAGAUACUUAGUUUCGUUCUCGGAAUUGGACUAAUUAUACCCCUGGUUUUAGUGAGAGAUAAAUUAACGAUAUUACUGACUCUUUGUUGCGAGGGGCUACUUAUUGGAUUUUGGUUUAUCGCUCACGCGCAAGCAUUACGAUGGUAUUGUCUUUUCAUAGGCAUUAUGAAUGUCUUCUAUGUCGUAUGGGACCUAGCGGACGAUAAAUUCUUUCGCAAAGCCAAUGAUUCUGACUGUACACAGUUCGCAAUUCUGUAUCCGCGUAUUUCCGCACAUGUCUGGGCGAUCUUCUGGCUCGUGUUCCAGGUAGGAGUCUGCAUAGCGUUCAUAUUCAUCGGCAUUGUAUCCUUCAAGGUAUGUUCUCAUUUUUUAUUGAAAGUCAGGUGA